GCCCCGUCAGCUGCUGUGUCCAUCUUUGGCUGGCUCUCAGGUUACCAACCACCUCCUCCAGCUGCCUCCAAAGAUAGGCAAAGCCACCUCCCGGCCCCUGUGCUGGAAACUACGGGGAAACAGAGGGGAAACUGCCGACAGGGAUGAGAUUGAUGUGAUUUUUGUUGGAGUGAAGGGCACUGUGUGCCUGCCUGAGCCAUGGCGCUGCUGUGCUACAACAAGGGCUGCGGGCAGAGGUUUGAUCCUGAGCACAACUCUGAGGAUUCCUGCCUGUAUCACCCGGGCGUCCCCAUCUUCCAUGAUGCCCUGAAGGGCUGGUCUUGCUGUAAGAAGCGCACGACAGACUUCUCUGAGUUCCUCUCCAUUAAGGGAUGCAUGAAGGGAUUUCACAGCAAGGAGAAGCCUCCCGAGCCUUCGCAAGAGGAGACCUCAGACAAGCCAAAGGCCAAGCCAAUGGCGGAGAUCAUCGUCCAAGGACCAAAAUCAGCUGAGAAGAUGCAGCGGGAAAGACCAAGCUCUGAUGAGCCACGACAACUGCUGCCAAUCAAAGUAUCUCGAUCUCUCGAGCAUGCACUGGAGAAACUGAGCCUGUCUCCCAACAACAAGGAGCCAAAGGGCGACUGUGCAGGGGAGGCAGCUGCCCAGGUGAGAGCUGGCACCACCUGCAAGAACGCAGCCUGCAAAGCAAUCUACCAGGGCCCAGAGAGCAACACAGAGGUUUGUACUUUCCACCCUGGUGUUCCUGUCUUCCACGAGGGGAUGAAGUACUGGAGCUGCUGCGGGAUCAGAACGACGGACUUCAGUGCCUUCCUGGAACAGCCGGGCUGCAGCACAGGGCGGCACUGCUGGAUGGGAAAGGCAGACAAGAAGGCGGUGUCAUGCAGGCAGGACUGGCACCAAACCGGCAACCAAGUGGUGGUGACAAUCUACGGCAAGAACCCUCUGCCCACCCUCAGCAGCGUGAAGGCCAACCGCACCGUGCUUGAAGUUCACGUCAUCUUUGAAGGGAAUAAGAUUUUCCAGGCAGAACUUGAUCUCUGGGGGGUCAUCGACACAGAGAAGAGCUUUGUGAGCAUGGUUCCCACCAAGGUGGAGAUCACGCUCUGUAAGUCCAGCCCCGGGGCCUGGGCCAGGCUGGAGCAGCCCCAGAGCAAGGCCUGCGCUCAGGGCCAGCCGGACCCGGCGGCGGUGAGCACGGAGGAGCCCGAGGACGAGUCUGAUGACAGCCUGAGCUGGUCGGAGGAUGAGGAGGAUGAGGAGCUGGGGGCUGCACGGGGGCUGUGCGGAGCGCUCUGUGAGAGCGGACGGAGCCCCGAGCGGCCCGUAGCAUUGCCCGCUGACAGGGACGAGCAAUAAAAGCACCAAGCCAUGGCUGCACGGAGAUACCGUGA